GCUACUGAGCACCUGCUCGGUUGCUAUGCAACCAUGAAAAUGAAAUCUGAUGGUCGAUGGUGCGUUUGACACAUCUUUCGUGCAUCAGUACGGGGGGGGCGGAGUAGUGAAAAGAAGGUGUGUACCGCCCCCCUGGGAAAAUAAAAAUAGUAACACUUUCUUGAAGAUUUAUCCUUCCAUAUGACGCCAACGUGAGUGGUGCGCUCGACACAACUGAACGGACAACAGUGAAGGGCGGUUCACAGUGACUUAGGUGUUUAACCGCCCCACUUGAAAAAAAAUUACCCAACUAACCAACGCCAAGAAGAAAAAAGAGCGGGAAGGCCUCCACUUCCGCUGUGGGUACCUGCUCGAGCUGCAGGGGGCAAUCCUCUUCCGCGGAACCCCCACUUCCUCCUACCCUCCCCCCUUCAGUCAACCCCUCCUCCCGACAGACUCGCGGUUCCAGGCGGCGUCUCCAUACGGAACAUCCUGCCUUCUGAGCGGCGAGGGGGGGAGGAGAUAGCGAGAGAGAGGAAAGACAGCCGGAGGGAGGCGAGACUAGCCAGUAAAGCCAUCAGGAGCGAGCGGAGAGGUGGCCUGGAACUCGAGAAGAGGAGGGGGACCUUCUUCUUCGUCCGGCUUCUUUUUUUGUGUGUGUGGAUUUUAAAAGGUUGGCCGGCGGCGCGCUCUGAAAGUUGGACCACAGACGGCUUCGACGACACCCCCUCGAAGGAGGCAGCGGCGGUUACCACCAACCGGGAGGCUGUGGCCGCGUAACCCGCUAGCGAGCAUGAGGCUGCUGCCCGGGUUGCUCUUGCUGGCGCUGGCCGCUGUGCCGGGGGCUUACGUACACGCGCAGGGACAGACGUGGUUGCCCGUCGAUGACGAAGGCUCGACGGCGGACGAGUUCUACGAUGACGAGGACCUCUACUCGGGAUCCGGCUCUGGAUUUCCCGACAUCAGCGUGAGGCCGACGUCACUGUCCGUGUCCUUCACCACGGAAGAUCCCAUCCCUAUGUCCACCACCCAGGCCACCAGUCCCGCACCCUCGGCCGCACCCGCGGCCGAGCCCAGCGCCGACCCCAACCCCGCCGUCGCCAUCACCGCCACUGCGACAAAAGCAACCACCACCACCACCACCACCGUCGCCGCCACCACCACCGUCGCCACCACCAGCGUCGCCGCUGCCCCUAUCACCACCGCUGCCACCCUCUUGCCGACAGAAACAGACGGCGAGAGCGGCUGUUUCUGGGAACUGGAGUUGGAGAAGGAGAAGGAGAAGCAGCUGGAGAGGGAGCGUGAGCGGGAACGGGAGCGGGAGCGGGUUCGAGAGUUGGAGCGCCAGCGGGAACGGGAGCGGGAGAGGGAACGGGAGCGCGAAAGAGAACGCGAACGAGAACGGCAACGAGAGCGGGAGAGGGAGCGAGAGCUGGAGCGCAUAAGAGCCGCCGCUGCUGCCGCUGCCGCUGCCGCCCAGACCACUGCCACACCCAAAUCCUUAGCUCCCAUCGCCGCGGUGACAACCGUACUGCCCACCGAAGAAGAGGACGUGUACCUGUCGCCGGAAGCCACGUCGCUUCACCCCAUCUCGGACGUGGACGCCACCACAGAGGACGACCUAUUCGCCACGGAGGAGCGCACCACCGCCACCCCGCCCACCACCACCCUCAAGACCAGGUUCCCCUUCAGGCCCAGGGUCCCCGUGGCGACUACCACGCUGAGGGCCCCCACGGAGAGAAGCACACGCCCAGCACAGCCAACGACGACGCCGGCACGUGCCGAGGAAGGCAACAACGAGGUGGCCGUCGUGGGGCCCAGCGGCGACUUCGAGAUCCGCGACGACCAGCGCAGCGAUCUUGGCCGCGCCCUGACGCCGGAGGAUCCGGAUCUGGUCGGCAACACGGUGGACGGCGGCAGCUCAGCCGCGCAGCUCCCGCAGAAAAACAUCCUGGAAAGGAAAGAAGUCUUGAUAGCGGUCAUCGUCGGUGGCGUGGUGGGCGCCCUGUUCGCCGCCUUCCUGGUCAUGCUGCUGGUGUACCGCAUGAAGAAGAAGGACGAGGGCAGCUACACACUGGAGGAGCCCAAGCAGGCCACCGUCACCUACCAGAAGCCGGACAAGCAAGAGGAAUUUUACGCGUAACGCAUGACCGCCGCCGCUGCCACGAGCGCCACGAUGACGCCAAGCCUCCUCUUCCUCCGCAUCGCUUUCCACCCUGCCCCCCCAUCCCCCA